AUGAAAGGGAUCAAUUUGAGCAGCUCUGCAGAUUUUACUUUACUGGGCUUUUCUGACCAGCCCCAGCUGGAGCUCAUCCUUCUUCUGGUCAUCUCCAUUAUCUAUAUUGUAACACUUCUGGGUAACAUAACAAUCAUCCUCAUCUCCUACCUGAACCCCAAGCUCCACACACCUAUGUAUUUCUUCCUGUCCAACCUCUCCUUCCUGGACCUCUGUUUCACUACCAGCAUUGUCCCACACAUGCUUUGGAAUCUCAAGGGCCCUGGGAAGACUAUUAGCUACACUGGCUGUGUGAUCCAGCUAUACAUGGUUUCGUGGUUGGGCUCAACUGAAUGUGUCCUGCUGAGUGUGAUGGCCUAUGACCGCUUCAACGCCAUCUGCCGCCCCCUCCACUACGGUAUUAUCAUGCACUCAAAGUUCCUCCAGCAACUAGCGGCCCUGGCCUGGAUCAGUGGUUUUCUGGAGUCCACCGUGCAGACCAGCCUUGUUUUCCACUUGCACCUCUGCAGCCACCACAGGGUGGAUGAUUUUAUAUGUGAAGUGCCUGCCCUGAUUCAAAUUGCCUGUGAGGACACAGCUUUCUUGGAAAAUGAACUCACUGUUGCUACUGUCUUGUAUGUGGUGAUUCCUCUGGGGCUCAUUGUGGUCUCCUAUGGCUGCAUUAUUAGGAGUGUGCUGAAGAUAAAGCUUACAGAAGGCAGGAGGAGGGCAUUUGGGACAUGUGGGUCUCAUCUCAUUGUUGUGGUCCUCUUCUUUGGGACAGUACUUUGUUUCUAUAUUCAGCCCAAGAGCACAUAUGCACAGAAUCACAAAAGUUUUGUCAUCCUUUUCUAUACUAUAGUGACACCUUCACUUAAUCCUUUGAUAUACACUUUGAGAAACAAAGAAGCUAAACAGGCAAUAAAAAUGUUACUGGCAAGGGAACCAACUUAA